GAAGCCGGGACUAGCGGGGCCAGAGAGCCUGGCUUCAGCACCCGGCGGAGCGCGGCGGUCAGCGGGGAGGGCCGAGGCCAGCGGCUCCGGGGCCAGCCGCCAUGUCCUCCACCGUGAACAACGGGGCGGCCGGCAUGCCGUCCCCCCCGGAUGCGGCGAACGGCUUCCCGCAGCCGGGCGCCUCCUCCGGGACCUGGCCACGGGCGGAGGAGGAGCUGCGCGCCGCGGAGCCGGGCCUGGUGAAGCGCGCGCACCGCGAGAUCCUGGACCACGAGCGCAAGCGGCGCGUGGAGCUCAAGUGCAUGGAACUGCAGGAGAUGAUGGAGGAGCAAGGGUACUCAGAGGAGGAGACCCGGCAGAAGGUCAGGACUUUCCGGCAGAUGCUGAUGGAGAAGGAGGGAAUGCUCACCAGGGAGGACCGGCCUGGGGGCCACAUCGUGGCGGAGACCCCGCGGCUGCUCGAGGGCGCGGAGCCGGGCCUGGAGUACGCGCCCUUGGACGAGGACGACGGCCCGGUGGACUGCGACUGCCCGGCCGCCUGCUACCGCGGGCACCGGGGGUACAGGACCAAGCACUGGUCCAGCAGCUCAGCGUCGCCCCCUCCCAAGAAGAAGAAGAAAAAGAAAGGCGGCCACCGGAGAAGCCGCAAAAAGAGGAGACUGGACUCCGAGUGCAGCUGUGGGAGCUCCUCACCGCAGCGCAAGAAGAAGAAGAGUGUGAAGAAGCACCGCAGAGACAGGUCUGAUUCUGGGUCCCGGAGGAAGAGACGACACAGAUCUCGAAGCCCCAAGAGCAAAAGAAAAGAGAAGAACAAAGAGAGGAAGAGGCCACACGCGGAGUCCCCGGGUCGGAGGUCCACUCGCCACAGCAGCGGCAGCUCUCAGAGCCCCUCCCUCUCCUCCCAUUACAGCGAUUCCAGAUCACCCAGCAGGCUGAGCCCCAAGCACCGAGAUGACGGGCGGAAGACGGGCAGCCAGCGGUCCAGCGGGAGCCGGUCGCCUUCCCCGUCUGGCGGCAGCGGAUGGGGGUCGCCCCAGCAGAAUGGCGGCAACAGACAGCGGAGCGGAGCGCACGGGGGCCGCCCCGGCUCGGCGCACAGCCCGCCAGAUAAGCCCAGCUCGCCCUCGCCCAGGGCCCGCGACCAGGCGGAGGCCGGCGCAGCCACGCCGCCCGCGCGGGGCAAGGAGAGCCCGAGCCCGGCCAAGGAGCGGCCCCCGCGCGCCCGGCCGGCCAGCACCUCCCCGUCCCCGGGCGCGCACGGCAGGCACGGCGGCCCGGAGGGGAAGAGCUCGUCGCGCAGCCCGGGCCCCCACCCGCGCUCGUGGAGCUCCAGCCGCUCGCCCUCCAAGUCCCGCUCGCGCUCUGCGGAGAAGAGGACCCGCAGCCCCAGCCGCUCGCCGUCGCCCAAGAAAACCCUGGGCCGGGACAAGGACGGCGAGGGCCGCGCGAGGCACGCCGAGGCCGAGGCCGCCCGCACCCGGCGCCGCUCCCGCAGCUACUCGCCCAUCCGCAAGCGGCGCCGGGACUCGCCCAGCUUCAUGGAGCCGCGGCGCAUCACCAGUGCCCGAAAGCGUCCCAUCCCCUACUACCGGCCCAGCCCCUCGUCCUCCUCCAGCUGCCUGAGCAGCGACUACUCAAGCCGCAGCCCCAGCCGCAGCCCCAGCCCGGGCCACAGCCACGGAAGCUACAGCAGCCGCAGCCGCGGGACCCGCAGCCGCACGCGCAGCCCCUCCCGGACCCCCAGUCCCAGCUACCACAGCCGGAGCAGCUCAGAGAGUGGGGGCUUCUGAGCCCAGACAGACCCAGCUUGGUGCCCCCUGGCAUAGGGAAAGGCGAGAGGUCAGGCCCCAGGACCUGUGAGGGGGCCUGCACCCCACUG